ACGAAACCUUCCUAAAUCUGCAAACUUUGAGAGAGAAAAUGCUGAAUUCACUGAGAAAUGCUGACCUGAUAUUUGUUGUGAUCUGCCUUCUCUCGGUAGCUUCUCGGGCAUCUUCAAGGGUUUCCUCUGCGUACGAUGACCCGAUCAUGAUGCAACGGUAUGAGACUUGGCUUAAACAGCACAGGAAGGUUUACGGGUCAAAGGACGAGUGGCUGCUGCGUUUCGGGAUAUACCAAUCAAAUGUCCAGUUCAUCGACUUCAUCAACUCACUCGACUUGCCUUUUAACUUGACUGAUAACAAGUUUGCAGACAUGACAAAUGAUGAGUUCAAGGCAAAGCAUUUGGGGUUUAGCAAGUCAUUCUUGCCCUCUGAGAUCCCCGAGAACCACCGCCACGAUGCACCAUGCGAGCGGGGUGAUGGGCCUGUGGCUGUGGACUGGAGACAGAAAGGUGCUGUGACUCCUGUCAAGGAUCAAGGACAAUGCGGAGGUUGCUGGGCAUUCUCUGCAAUUGCAGCUGUUGAAGGCAUCAACAAGAUCAAGACAGGGAAGUUGAUUUCCCUGUCAGAACAAGAGCUGAUUGAUUGUGAUACCGGGAAAGACAACCAAGGCUGUAACGGCGGAUUAAUGGAAACAGCAUUUGCUUUCAUCAAAAGCAAUGGUGGAAUCACCACCGAGUCUAAUUACCCAUAUAAAGCCAGAGACAACACCUGUGACAAAUCAAAAGCUAAAAAUCACGCUGUUACGAUAUCUGGGUACGGCAAAGUACGCACCAAUGAAAAGAGCCUACAAGCUGCAGCCGCCAGCCAACCAAUAUCAGUGGGCAUAGAUGCAGGUGGAUAUGCAUUCCAGCUAUACUCUUCUGGCGUUUUCAAUAGUUAUUGCGGGACACAGCUCAACCAUGGAGUGACCGUUGUUGGGUAUGGAGAAGAAAGCAAGAAGAAGUAUUGGAUCGUAAAGAAUUCAUGGGGAACUGGCUGGGGUGAAAAAGGAUACAUAAGGAUGGCACGUAACGUUAAGGGAACCAAAGGAAUGUGCGGGAUUGCGAUGAUGGCAAGCUAUCCCAUAAAGUGAGCAGCUUUGGUGGAAGCUUUAGCAUCUUGUCAUGGUGAAAGAAACAGAUAACUGAGAUCUCUCUCUCAGAAUAAGCAAUCCUGCAACAAUGCAGCUAAGUAAUGUGAUUCAAUAAAUAAUUACUAUAGAAUAAGAAAAAAGGUACUCUUAAAGGAUAAACAAGGAUAUGAUUAAUAUAAAAGAGAACAAUGUAUGUUGUCUGAUUACACUUCACAGCUCCAGUGAAGUACGUGAGGUUCAUUUACUUGAGAUGACUGAUACCUUUU